AUGAGUAGGAUUACGAAUGCAACGGUGCAGCGCGAGGCCAUUUCGGCACUGCAAGCUGCUCGAACAACGAGCAGUGUUGGCGCAUCCGGCAGCGACGCGGCACGGGAUAGCGAUACGAUUUCGAUCCAGUCGCGACAUACGCUGCGCGUGUUUUCGGCAGAAGACGAGGACGAGGAGCAAGAUCCGUGGUCGGCGAUACCACGACGGGUGUCGUCAACGCCAGCAGCCGAGCUACCGACGCUGAGUCGUGCGCAACGCAAGCAGCUGAUCGUGCGUGCACUGCUGCAACUGCUCGUUCUGUUCGUGGUAUGCCUCGUCGGUCUCGGAGGCACGCUUUGGCUGGCACUGCCUGUCAUCUCGCCCGAGGACAAACCGUUGUUCAAGAUCCCACGUUCCUUUGACGAUCUGCGCGCGCUGAAUACGGUUCUGCAGCAUUACAAGUCGGAGCAUUUCGCGAGGGUGCUGCUGUGCUGGACGAUCGUGUAUCUGUUUUUACAGGCAUUUUCGAUCCCGGGGAGCAUGUACAUGUCGAUCCUGGCGGGAGCGCUGUUUGGUGUGCCGCUGGCGCUUCCGUUGGUGUGCGCGAGUGUUGCUACGGGAGCGAGCAUCUGCUAUCUGAUCAGCAAGUUCCUAGGGACCAUGCUGCUCGCGCUGCCCUCCUGGCAAGCACGCAUCGACGACUGGAAGCACAAGCUGGCGCAGCACGACGACAAUCUGCUCUCGUACCUGAUCGUGCUGCGAAUGAUGCCACUACCUCCACACAACAUUGUCAACAUCCUCUCGCCUCAUCUGGGCAUUCGACUCGGCGUCUUCUGGCUCUCUACGUUUGGUGGCAUCUUUGCGGUCAGCGUGAUCCACGUGACGAUCGGAGAGAAGCUAGACCAGAUGACUGGCGACGAGCGGUUCAGCAUGUUGAGUUGGCGGAACGUGUUGCUGCUAGGCGGAGUGAUGGUGGCAGUAAUGCUGCCUGUUGCCGUACGACGAUACAACCGCGAUCCCACGCUCACGCAUGCUGAGCACGGCGCCGUGUACCUGGACGAACAAGUGGACGACGAUGCGCCGCAUCUGCCCGAGAGUUUUCGGCGAAACCUUGCUGCACUUGCAGCGAGCGGUGCUGCUGACGACGAUGACGAUGAUGAAUUGCCACCACAUCGGAGCGUGGAUACGCACCACCUUGCGGCGGACGACAGCUUUCCGAACUGGACCGACGCGAGAUCGAGUUGCGACGACCCGGACGAGCAUAUGUGGGAGACGCACAGUGCAGAGUACGCAAGAGGUGGUGUGUUCGCCGACCGCCAUGCACGCGACGCAACGCCCAAUGCGCACGCUCAGUCGUCGACACGUGCCAGACUCAAGAGCUGGAUCCACACUCGCACCGGCGUCAAGCUGUGA